CUAGCUGCAAAGGUGAGGCGGUUUCAUCCUUUGGCAAGUGACAUCCGGGCCAGCGCGGUCGAUAGGCUCACUCGGCCUGUGUUAAUGCCGGGACCAGCGGACUGGAGUCGGCAGCUACCGUACACUAGACGUGAAUAGAAAAACGCACCCGCUCGCAUAGGGCGAGUACCGAUUGCAAGACGAGGCGUACGUGUCUUUUGGACGAUCAAGGGUCCGGUCCCAGACGAUUUCACAAUGCACGCGAUUCGCCCCUCCAGCUGAGACGCCGAGGCUUCAGAAACAGUCCAAGGGGGGAACACAAAACCCAACCGGAAAGUGGGACUGUGCGUUUGUUCGUCGGAUGGUGAGAUGCUUCUGUCCUAAACUGGGUUACACGCCUGCUCCACUUUCCAAACAAAAGAUUUGUAACGCCGGACGAUACAUUCAAGACAUUUUUGCAUGGGAUAGCAGCAAUUCAUUACCAAGACAAUGACCACUUCAUGUGUUUGCCGCAACGGCUGAACACUACGCGGCAUCCGUUACUCCAUACGGACUAUCCUUGCAGCAGAAAUCCACUUCCUGUCCAACAGGAGAAAAGCAGCCGUCGCGAGUCUUGACUGGUAGGUCACCCCGGCUGCAUGCAGCAGAAUAUUCCCCCAUUAACAUACCGACAGCGCGAGAUCACCAGAAGACGUAGGUGACCAUCUACAACCUCACCAAGGAUAUUUGUGAUUUAUGUUAUUUUUCUUGGAGAAUAUCAGAGGGUGUGAAGAUGAGCUGUCUAGACGUGAUGUAUCAGAGCGCGUAUCAGCCCUACCAACAUUAUCCAUUCUACCAGCGUCAUUUUACCCAGAAGUUUGGCCACUAUAAGAUGCAGGAGCCCCCCGACCAUGACCCCAGCUACACCCCUCACACUCAGUCUGUGCCCCCGGCCACCUCCACCUCGACAGGCUACUCCUCCUCGCUCUACCAUCACCACCAUGCCCUCCACUCUCACCACGGCUCGCCCCCGGCCAACGCCUCCGGGCUGCCCCACCAGGCCAGCGUGAAGAAGGAGGACAAGCCGACCGUCGAGGAGGCCGAGCCCACGGUCGAGGCGGAGUACAUCAACUCGCGGUGCGUGCUGUUCACGUACUACACCGGGGAACUGAACAAAGUGGUUGACGAACAUUUCAGUCGGGCACUGAGUCAACCCAGUAGUUUUCCCCCGGAUGGACGUAUUGGGGUCAGCGGGGGGGACAGCACUGGGAGUCAGGGUAAACAAAGCGAUGGAAGCACGUGGAAUAGCAAAAAUGGAGAAUCGGCAAUACCUCUGAUGUGCCAGCGUGACCUCCCCGCUUCUUUCUGGAACAGUAACUACUAUAACCACAUCAAGUACCCCCACCCUCACCACCACCCUCACCACAGUACCCCCAUCAGCAGCAGUGGCAGCAGCAGCAGCAGCAGCAGCCAGGGUCCUACCUCAAACCCCGCCCACCCGGGCCACCACGAGCCGCUCUUCACCGACCCUUACCCCUCCCCGCUCCACCACCGGCCGGUGCACCACCAGCCCGACCCCUGGCACUACCCUUUCGUCUCGCAGGGUUCCUACAGUCACCACCACCGGUCCGGCUUGCACGAUCUGAGCUACGGGAUGUCGUCGGGCGCCGGCAGCGCCUUCAAUCCCCGGUACAGCUCGCUGCUCAUCCAGCCGUCGGUCCGGUCUGGCAGGUUGCCGGCGAUGCCGGGGCAGUGCGACUUCACCAAGGGCAGCGAAGGAUGGCCGUCCGGAUACUCCCACGGUCACUCGCAGCAGCUUUCAACGGAGAUCACUUCGUACGGAAUGGAGUCAGCAUCUACUUCAGCGCUAGAAGCAUCGGACACAAGCAAAGAUCUGUACUGGUUUUGAACGAAGACCAUCGGAGACGGACACCGACGAUCAGCGACAGCCUUAAAACAAUCUGCGGUGAGAAGCAUUAUAAGAACCAGUGCACCGGAAUAGUUUAAUUCGGCCAGGGCAGCGAUCACAACGACGAGUGUAAACUAAAAUCGAGGAGAUGAUCUUGUACAUUCAAGGCAGACUAUUUUAGUCUUGUUUCAAGGCGUUCUCCAGAAAAGGGAAACAGUGACUCGAAGAACCCAAGUGUUUUCUCUGGGCCGGCAAUAAAAUGCAUCUUCGGUCUACUUUCUGUCUGUUACCAUCACCCGAUGUUAUCACUUCUAAAUUCAUGGCGAAUUUUCUUCAUAGAACUGUGUUGUUAUAUAUAUUUAAAAAAACAAAGAAACCAAAGUGUACUGUACAGCAUAAUUAUGUUAUUAUGUAUUCUGUCCUUUUAUUUGUACCUUGUCAAGGUAAUUUGGAGGUUAUCUCCAUCUGUCUCUGUGUUUAAGUAUUUAUAACAUAUUGCCCGGGGUCAAGGGAGUUGACGGGGUCAAAGCUUUGUCGAACCGGGAAUUGUUGAGAUUCCAUCGACAGUUUUGAAUGAAAACCCCGGUUAAAUCAUUUGAGGUCUCGGUGUAGGCCUCACAGUCACGCAAAAGAAAAAAACAAAUUCUCCCUGUUUUGUAUGGAUUUGCAAUACGCCAUUUAAUUGUCGAACAAAAUAAGGGAUCAAACACAUGUUCCCUGCAGAUCGCGUGUUGAACGAGUGCAUGGACGGUAUACGUUGAUACGUGGCCCUUUGUAUACAUUUCGUCGCCCAAUUUGGUUCGUUUUGUCGGCGAAGACUUUUUUUUGGGGGGGGUUUCUGUCGGCUCGUCAAUACAUCACACGACAUGCAUUCCGCUCGCUCAGUCCUGGGUUAAUGGCAAAUCGGCAUUUUUUCAUUGAUUCUUUUGCGCGUCUACAGAGGGGAAAUCAGUCAGAUGACUCAAACAGAUCUCAGGAAAAUUGACAGACGGCAUAAGAGAGAUAAAAAUUCAUUUUAUUCUUUUCUGGCGAAAGUGGCUUUAUUGCUUAUGGACAGACUUGUAGUCUCCUCGCAUUGUGAACCAAGUACAUCGUUAAGAGCUCCCUUUCCAUCGUUUUUCUGCUUAACUGGAGAGACUCAAAAUAUUUGACCCGACAAUCCUAAAUUAUUUGAGUUCAAUCCAUAUUCGACCAAGCAGUCACUUAUUUAUCAAUUUGCUUACGAUUUUAUUGUACUAAUUUAAGAUAAUAAAGAGUACGGCUUUGCGGUUAACAAUUGCUGUUUUUAAAAGCAGAGAAACAAAUAUCUAUUUAAGGACGCAUGAUUGUUUUCAGAUUGCAAGAAAAUAAUCUGCAGUAAUCUGCUUGAACAAGAGAUUAUAUAUAUGUAAAAUUUGGUGUUUUCCCGGGGGCAAUAUUUAGAGUCAUAUUUCGGUUGGUGUACAUUAAUGUAUAUAAGUAUAAUUUCACUUCCUGUGUUGUCUCUCCCCAUCGUUGUUUUUGAAACAAGACACGUUGCGUCCAGAAUUUUGAUGGGUGAAAAAAAAAAUUGACGCGGAAUUUUAAUGACGUUUUAAGAUGUUCCUUUUGGCUGGCCGUUUGUACGGGGCCGCAGCCGAGACGAUUUUUAUCUGAUGUUUUGAGAAAGUUUUUUCCCCCAUAUUUCUUGUUUUGAAUCAGCUUUUGUACUGGUAACAGAGUUCACGUUAAAGUGUAGAAUAUACUUCUGUGUUGUCGGCGUUCGCGGUUGUUUAAUUAAAUGUUUUGCAUUCGUUACCCACCGUGCUGUUCAUGAGGAAUGGAAGUUCAUGAAUUUAAACGCUGUAUUCUCUUCUGCAGCCAUUGUUAUUUAUUGUUUGGUUUAUCUUGAAGUUGGCAUUUGGCAAGGACACAAUGUUUUGGGGCAGUUGCCUGGCAGCACCUGUUACCGCUUUUUUUUUUCUCUUUUUUUUUUUUACUGUGUCAUUUAGCAUUCACAGACAAACAGUCUUUUGUAUGGUAACAGUUCUUUUGAUUUCAUGCUAGCCUCCGUGACUUACAAGUAAUCUUAAGCAAGUAUUAAUGACUGGGAUAACUCGGUGUGAAGUCGGAGAUGUAUGCAGUUAGAGAGGUGACAAAAUCUCGAUUUAUUUGGUCAGCAGGAGCAGUUGUUUUCAUUUGCACAUUUUAUCGUUAGACCAGAUACGACCUCAAAAUAAGUGACCAUUGGGUAAUACCUUAUGUUCUUAUUUUUCACGCAAGCCGACCUGUAACCUUAAGAGAUCGUGAACGGCGAUAAAAUCUAUCCAGAAUGAUGUACGUUUUCAUUGGUCUUGGAUUCGUCUCCAUCAUAAUACUUUUUAAAAGGGAAAAAUUCCAAGCAGGAAUUUGUCAUUAAAGCGUCAAAAAAUUCAUGAACCUG